GUUCGAGCCCUACUAAGCCUACCAUCCCAUAAGUACAAUCGAAGUCUCCGCCACCCUGCGGAUCUCAAUGACGCGGCGGCACCUGGAACCACACACACUGCUGCCGCUGCCCUUCGUUAUCGCCUCCUACGCUUACCACUCACCCACGCUAGGGCUAAGACUGAAAGUUGCUCUUCUGAUUCAUCCUGUCUUUCAAGGAGAGGAUCGAUAUGUUUUCCUUCUUUUUUCAGGUGGUCCGCGAACCUCCGAGAGGAGGAGCGAAGCAACGACCCAAUUCUUCGAUUCAAUUACUUUUCCAACCCUGUGGAUGUAGAAAAGUGUGUGAAUGGCACACGCAAGAUUGGGAAUGUGCUGAAGAGCCGGUCCAUGCAGGACUUCAUGUUCUGUGAAUGGUUUGGAGCUCGAAAUUUCAGGUUCGUCGGGCCUGCAUUGCCUGUUGACCAGUUUGACUAUGUGCAGAUGGCUUUUUUUUGUCGCCGAAUCCGUUUCCCAGCACGGAGUGUACAUAAAUCUCAGCGGCCUUCCUUGCAUCAAUUGGCACUAUCAAGUCGGAAUCAACAGCAAGAGGAAAGGAAGAAGUCCCAAACGCGGCCAUCUCAUGCCAGAGCUCUUAUUCCGACAAGAAGAGCACUAGCCCUUACUAAUGGUAAAUUGAAAUCCGUUCCUGGACUUAAGAAGGAAAGGAAAAACAGAUUAUGCCACUCGUGUCCUAGGACUAGUUCUUGA